ACUUUCACGCUCUCCUUCUUACUAUUGCAUUCCAUACUUGCGCUUUCUCAAAUUUCUCCGUUCGAAACACACCUCAAUUUCCAUUUCUUCAAUCUGGAGUCAUGGAAAAGAGAUAAAGCGUUUACUCUGUCGUGAUUCUGGAUGCCUUGAUUUGUUUAUAGGUCGUUAUUCUUCCCUGAAAUCAAUCGCUGAUGGAUACGAUGAAGUAAUUUAAUUCAGUUCAAUCCACUGUUUGGCGUUUCCAAGUGUUCCUCGGUAUCAUCGAACGAGUUCGACAUUUUGGUUUCUGGAGAUUUUGCAGAUGGAUUUCACUGCAAAUCCGACUCCGUAUUUGAGUUUAGUUUCAGCCAUUUCGUAUGGAGCUGCUUCAAUGGCAAUGGUUUUUAUCAACAAAGCUGUGGUCAUGCAGUAUGCCUAUUCCAUGACUCUUUUAACUCUUCAGCAAUUGGCCACAGGUUUCCUUAUCCACUUAGGUAGAAUAACGGGAUAUACAAAAACCAGAGGAUUUAAUGUAGAGACAGCCAAGAAACUUUUUCUAGUUUCGUUAUUCUACAAUGCGAAUGUGGCGUUUGCGCUAGCAAGCCUGAAAGGUGUUAAUAUCCCAAUGUAUAUAGCCAUCAAGAGGCUUACGCCACUUGCUGUACUUAUAGCAGGAUUCUUUUAUGGGAAAGGAAGACCAACAACUCAGGUUACACUUUCUGUAAUUUUAACAGCUGCUGGAGUUAUUAUAGCAGCACUUGGAGAUUUUUCAUUUGAUCUUUUCGGAUAUGCCAUGGCGUUUACUUCUGUCUUUUUCCAGACCAUGUACCUGGUGUUGGUAGAAAAAUCAGGGGCCGAGGAUGGUCUGAGCUCAGUCGAAAUCAUGUUCUACAACAGCGUUUUGUCACUCCCUUUUCUUGCAUUCAUCAUCAUAGCUACCGGAGAAUUUCCAAAUUCAUUGUCGGUAAUAUUCGAAAAGAGUGCGUCGCUAUCAUUUUUGGUGAUUCUGAUUCUAUCUCUAGUGAUGGGUAUAAUUCUAAACUACACAAUGUUCUGGUGCACCAUCGUCAAUUCGGCUUUAACUACAACAAUAGUGGGUGUCCUCAAGGGAGUAGGAUCCACGACUCUGGGAUUUUUCUUAUUGGGAGGGGUGCAAGUGCAUGCAUUGAAUGUGACAGGACUAGUGAUCAACACCGCUGGCGGCGUCUGGUACUCAAUUGCCAAAUAUCACCAGAAGAAGAAGAAACAAAAAUUGCCAAAAGUAGCAGUAAUGCCAGAUGUCGAAGAAGGCCAUCGGAAGUGAACAACCGCCACACAGAUUAAAUUUUGCAUCGGACGGGCAGGGAAGGGAUUGUGUGUAUUGAUAAGACUGAGAUAUAGCAUAUGAUUUAUUGUCCUCCUUUCUUCGUUAUUUAUAUAUCAAAUGUACAGCAGCCGAAAAAAAAGGUACGGUGUUUGCUGCUAUA